UCCAUGAAGGCAGCCCACUGGGAGAGCUUCAUCGCUGUGUCCGAGAUGGUGUGAAAAUCAAUGUCCAUAUCCGCACUUUCAAAGGGCUUCGUGGAGUCUGCACAGGGUUUUUGGUUGCAUUUGACAAGUUCUGGAAUAUGGCCCUGACAGACGUGGAUGAGACAUACAGGAAACCAGUAACGGGCAAAGCUUUCUAUGCAGAACCUCAGCUCACACUCACCCGGCUGUUUGACAGACUCAAACUGCAGGAGUCCUCAGUAAAGAAGGGAGCUGACUCAAAGACUGUCUCAGAGGAGCUAGCCCUGACAAACGACUCUCAGGCGCUGGGAUUGAAAGUUGGAUCAGGACGAGGGAGAGCAGAAGAUGAGCGCGAGAGGCAGAAACGCUUGGGCAGAGCUGGAGAAAAGAAGAUGCCAGGUGACAGUUUGCCUCUGGCUGCCAGAGGUGAAGCUGAUGUGGGCGGCGGGACUGCCCACAUGGAGGGCGCCAGUGCUGGUGGUACCCGUGCAAGAAGCCGGUCGCGAAGAAAAAGGCGGCCCAAAGUGGAUUAUCAACAGGUGUUCACACGUCACAUAAACCAGAUUUUCAUUCGAGGAGAGAAUGUCUUGCUCGUUCAUUUAGCACAUUGA